AUGUCUGACAAUACCGUUUCUACUGAAGUAGCUAAUCUGAGGAACACAAACAGGACCGAGGAUUCGGACGAAGAGGAAAGAAAUGCAGCUUUCCCUUUUGAAUCCGAAGAGCAGCGAACAGUAUUCAGCGAUCCGCUCAACUAUAACGUGAAGCAUCCGCUAUUCAAUUCAUGGACCUUGUGGUUCGAUAACCCUGGCAAGAAAACAAAUGCGGCGAGUUGGUCGGCAACGUUAAAAGAAUUGAUUACUUUUGAUUCGGUGGAAGAGUUCUGGGGUGUAUAUAAUAAUAUUGUCAAAGCGAGUGAUUUAUCCUCGGGAUCCAAUUAUCAUUUAUUCAAACGAGGAAUAAAACCAAUGUGGGAGGAUCCUGUAAACGAGCACGGUGGUAAAUGGCUUGUUCAAUUUUCUCGUCACAAGACCGGGGAAGAUAUUAAUACGCUCUGGCUAUAUACGAUGCUCGCGUGUAUCGGUGAAGCGUUUGAUCACGCGGACGAAAUAUGUGGGGCUGUAGUUUCCGUCCGUAAAAUUUUCUUUAGAAUUUCAUUAUGGAUGCGGUCUUCAAAUAACAGAGAGAUUUCAGAAACAGUGGGUCGACAAUUGAAGGGCACGUUAAAUUUACCACCCAGUCUGACUCUUGAAUUCCAUUCGCAUGCGGAUGCUACAAAGAAUGGAAGCCAUUCAAAGGAUCGAUGGGUUGUAUAA